AUGUGCUCUAGGCUACCUGUAGUUGGCUUCAUUGCCAGAGAGAUCGGUCUUGUUCUCGUCGCUGAUGACCUUCCCAGGCCUCGACUGGAGGAAGAGAUGGCGCUCAACGCGACAUACCCAGAGAUCCUCACAGAGGGGGGAGACGACCGUCUCAUCCUCAACAAGAAGGGAACAAACAAGUACCACUGCACCCCUCAGCCCAUCGUAGGAUCGCUCUUCCGAGGCAGCUGCACCUGCAACAUCCCCACGGAGGGCGCGUACCAGGCGGCUGAAGCGGCGUUCUACUCGCUGCGAUCUGGAGAGAUCAGUGUUGGCGACAUCAUGGAGGGGGUGCGAUCGAGGAUCAAGUCCUUGUACGACCUUCCCGCAGGAACUGAAGUGUUCCUCUGCCCAUCUGGUAGUGAUGCAGAGUACAUGCCGCUGCUCAUUGCCAAGACCCUCAACAAGGGACGGAAGAUUGUGAACAUCGUGACUUGCGACUCGGAGGUUGGUUCGGGCACCAUCGAUGCUGCUGGCGGGCGAUACUUCUCCAACGUCGUUCCGCUCCCUGACUGGAAGGAGGAGGACAAAGACAACGUGAAGUUGAUGGGUUCGCCGUUGGAGGGGCUUGCGAAUGGUGUAGAGUGCAUCUCGAUUCCUGCCCGUUGCAGAGACAACGGAGAUGUCGUUGAUUCGUCGGAUCCCAUCCAGGAAAUCGUCGAUAGAUGUUCAGCGGAGGACGCGGUUCCUAUCGUUCACUGCGUGUUGGGCUCCAAGACUGGAAUCUACGAGCCGUUUCCCUCGACCAACUUUGGCAAGAUGGUUGCAACAAGAGAUGCCUUCGUGGUCGUGGACGCGUGCCAGGGGAGGUUCUGCGAAGAGUGGCUCCACGAGUAUCUGCACAAGGGAGCGAUCGUCCUUAUCACGGGCUCCAAGUUCUACCGCGGCCCUCCAUUCAGCGGCGCCGUCCUCGUGCCAGGAAGCAUUAUGGAGCGACUUAUUCACACAGACGUGGACAUGCCGGCAGGACUGAAGCGCUUCAUCACCUCCCACGAGAUCCCCACGGCACUCUCGGACUGGAAGGCAGCGCUGUCGGCAGACGAGAACGUCGGGCUCGCGCUCCGAUGGGUGGCAGCGCUGGAGGAGAUGGAGCCAACAUUGGAGAUCCCGGCGGCGGUGAGGGACGAGUCCAUGGACAUGUGGAGAAAGUUCAUCGUGAGCGAGCUUGGGAAGCACCAUGGCGUCCUGGAGGCGUUCGAGGUCGAGUCGUGUCUGAGCAUCGUCUCCAUCAGACUCUGCAAGGGCUCCAACUACCUGAACACGGCUGAAUGCAAGAAAGUGUUCGAAUGGAUGACUCAGGAUCUCUCCGACAAGUUGUCGGACCCCUGCGCUGCCGUCAAGUGCUACAUCGGCCAGCCGGUCUCGAUCACCAAGGAUGAGACUGUCGUGCGAGUUGCUCUCGGCUCAGACUCACUGAGGUCGCUGAUCAAGGACCGAGAAAAGACCCUCCAAGAGGACAAGAUCAUCAUCGCUAAGCUAGCGCUUGUGACGGAAAAUUAUAACAAUCUUAGCGUCUCCAUGUAAUGUAGAGUGAAGUAACUGACAAACCAACGAAACGAAAUCCUCACCUUGUUU